ACACACACACACACAGCAUGGCGGCCGUCUCUCCUCCGGUCUUCGUCCUCUUCCUCGUCGUGCUGUCAGGGACGUCCUGCUUCAAGGUGUGGGAAGGGGGCAUGGCCUCGCUCACCUGUCAGUACUCGGUCCGGCGUUUGGGGCGGAGCCGGGUCUGCUGGGGGCGGAGCUGCGGAACGUUCUGGUGCCGAGACCUUUUACUGCAGAGCGACGAGAACGGGGUCGUGUCAAAGGUGUCGGAGCGGUACCGGCUCAGUGGGGCGGUUCUGGACGGGCAGAUGGAUCUGGACAUCCUGGACGUUCAGAGGACGGACAGCGGGCCGUACUGCUGCCGGGUCGAUAUCCACGGCCUCUUCAACGACAAAAAGGUCAUCAUGAACCUGAGGGUGGUCAAAGCUCCGGUCACCACCUCUCCAACAACAACAACAACAGGAACCAGUCAGGUGACCACAGUGAACUGGAGGUCGCUGCUGUCGUCUCAGCUGGAUCUCCUGAGGAGGAACUCGACCUCCGACCCCGACGCCUUCACAUCUGAGACGAGAGUCCCUGUGGUCUCGCUCUCCGUCGUCCUGCUGAUCGUCUUCGCCUCCAUCUUCCUCUUCCUCGCCUUCAGACGCGGAGUGCACAGACGGGCCUUCAGCGGCGGAUGCUUCUCGGAGGAGGAGGAGCCUCCGCACAUCAUCUACGAGAUCCGGCUGAGGAGGCCUCUGCAGGAGAACGUCUACACGCUGGAUUAAAAUCAUUCAUAUUUAAUAAAAAGCAACAAAACCUCUCA